AUGGCCGACGUUGAUAUGAAUGGAAGCGGCAAGGACUUUUCUUGGGCCACCAAGUCUGUCGAAGGAUGGAUCAUUUCCGUGACCAACCUCCACGAGGAAGCUACCGAAGAAGAUUUGAAAGACUUUUUCGCCGACUUUGGACCUGUCAAGGGCUUGAACAUGCCCCUGAACAGACGGACGGGAUAUGUUAUGGGUUACGCGUUGAUCGAGUACGAGACUAGACAAGAGGCGGAGAAGGCUAUUGCUGAGACGGACGGGACUCAAUUCCUCGAACAAACCAUCCACACGUAA